AUGGCAGCAAUCAUGUCAUCGCGUCUCGUGCGCGUCUCCGCACCCCUCGCCCACCUCCGGAUAAACGCGGUUCCAACUCGGGUCUUCAUCUCUCGAUACAGCACCAGCACAGAGGAAGACAUCAUUAAAACCCAGCAGGUUCCUGCCCCAGGCUCAGGACAUGUGCGCGUUCUCCAGUUGAACCGACCUAAAGCACGCAACGCCAUCUCGCGCGACCUGCUCGACAAUUUGUCGAAGCAAGUGAACGCCAUCGCCGCAGAAGGAGGCAAUGGACCAACGCGGGCAUUGGUUAUCGCCAGUAAUGCAGAUGCAGCAUUCUGUGCUGGCGCAGAUCUGAAGGAACGUGCCAAUAUGACUAUGGCCGAAACCGAAGACUUCCUCCUCAAGCUCCGCGCUACGUUCAAAGAUAUCGCUUCUCUCCAAAUCCCCACUAUAUCUGCCGUCUCAUCUAUGGCCCUAGGCGGCGGCCUCGAGCUCGCGCUAUGCACUCAUCUCCGCGUGUUCGGCUCAUCCAGCGUCGUUGGCCUCCCCGAGACCCGCCUUGCAAUAAUUCCCGGGGCAGGUGGCACCUAUCGACUGCCUUCUAUCGUUGGAGUGAACCGCGCCCGGGAUAUGAUUCUCACCGGCCGUCGGGUGACAGGUCCCGAGUCCUACUUCAUCGGGCUUUGUGAUAGACUUGUUGAAGUGUUGCCCGAGGAAGAAGCGCAGGAGGGUGUCGCACGUGAAAGAGUGUUGCGCGAGAGUAUCAAGUUGGCACUGGAUAUCUGUGAAGGUGGUCCGAUUGCUAUUAAAAUGGCGUUGCAGGCUGUCGAUGCUCAUGUCCUUGGUGAGCGCGCGGAGAAUGCUGCAUACGAGGGAGUUAUUGAGACAGAGGAUCGGUAUGAGGCGCUGCGCGCUUUUGCCGAGAAGCGGAAGCCGGCGUUCCGUGGUAGGUAA